AUGAUUCGCACCAUUCCUUACAUUGCUGUUAGCUUAAUUGCGUUGGCCACAUUAUUUUGUGUUUUGAGUAUAAGUACAAAUCGAUGGUAUGACACAUCCACAAUUCAAGCUGGUUUAUGGAAAAUUUGUCGUGCUGGUGUAGGAGUACCGACAUUGUGUUAUAAUAGUUCGACUCAUACACCAACUGUAUUGGCACUAUCAGGAUUAAUAUUAAUAUUCAUCGGCUUAAUUCUAACAAUUGUGUCGAGUCUAUAUAAUUUAGAACAGGUGAAACAAAAACGAAAUAUAUCCUAUACUGCAAUUAUUGUUUUAUUCAUCGGCUCAAUUAUACUUGAUAUCACUUAUGUAUCAUAUUCAAAUAUUCAACGACAAUUUGGUUAUUCUUAUUUUCUUAUGGUCAUUUCACAUCUAUUUACAUUUUUAGCAGUAAUAUUAGUGGCAUUUUCGACUGGAAGCAUACACCAGUUAUCUGAAAUAAACUCGUGA